AUGGCGUCUACUACAACGUUGAGCAGUUCUCAACCUUCGACUUCCGAGCCUCAGUUGAAUGUGCAAUACUAUGCCCCUAGGUUUUGCUUGCCGCAUCCUAAUACUAUCAGCCAAUUUUGUCGGGACCAAAACAAUAUAAUAUUCUGCCAUAGUAUUACUAUCGUAAAGAUAUCACCUAAAGUCGCCGUUAAGUUUAGUGCUUAUAUCAAUAUUACCGAGGCCAAAACCAUGAUUUAUAUUACCUUAGGACACUUUCGGCGUCUUAACCAAAUCCUAUAUCUUAAGAUAACUUACGAGCUAUAUCUAAGAGAUUCUUUAUCGACCUCUAUUGACAAAGACUUUAACACGGCUCUUAUCAACGCCUAUCUAAAGAAAGCGCUAAAACGCUAUAUCAAAACUUUUCUUAGUGGAAUGCUUCCUCAAUCCCACCGUAUCGUAUUCACAUAUAGUGAUCUCCGGCCUCAGAAUGUUAUAGUGAAAGAUGGAAAUAUGGUCGCUAUUAUAGACUAG